UAUAACUCAGUUGAUUGCAGCUCGUUGACAGUCAAUAUAUGUAUAUUCUUUAAGUAAGGUGAUCUCAAUAAAUUAUUUGUUAUUAUUUCUUGUAUAAACAGACCUUUAAAGUUCUAGUGAUUAAUCAAUGACAUUUAAAUUUGAUAAUCCGAAGAAGAUUGUGGCGAACCAAGUAAUAGCUAUUUCUAAUUGUUAUAGUAGUGCAAGUUGAAUAAGUAAAUAGUUAUAAUCAAUAUGUCUGUGCCACUGACAGGUAAAUACUUCAUUUCCCUCUUAGGAAAGAAUAAUAAUUUAAGGGCUAUAUCAACCACAAUUUCAAGGAAUGCAAAGGUAAAUUUCAAUUGGGAAGAUCCAUUGAAUUUAGAUGGACAAUUACAUGACGACGAAAAGGCGAUCCGAGACUCAUUCAAAGCUUAUUGCCAGGAAAAACUACUUCCAAGAAUAAUCGACGCAAAUCGAAAUGAAGUCUUCGAUAAAAAAAUAUUCAAAGAAAUGGGGGAGUUAGGUGCACUUGGUUGCACUAUUAAGGGUUAUGGAUGUGCCGGUGUGUCGUAUGUUACCUACGGAUUACUCACACGGGAGGUAGACAGUAUUGAUUCUGCAUACAGAUCUGCUUUGAGUGUGCAGAGCAGUUUAGCUAUGGGAGCUAUAAACCUGUUCGGAAGUGAGGAACAGAAACAGAAAUAUUUACCUCUUAUGGCUAAGGGUGAAUUAAUUGGUUGUUUUGGACUAACUGAACCGAACUUCGGUAGUGAUGCCGGUGGUUUAAUAACUAAAGCUAAGUACGAUUCAAAAUCUAAAACAUAUUCACUGUCGGGCUCUAAAACAUGGAUCACAAAUGCACCUAUUGCAGAUAUACUUGUGGUAUGGGCAAAGGACGAUGAAGAUAAAAUAAGAGGUUUUAUUAUCGAACGAUCGCAAGUCAAAAAAGGUUUGGCUACGCCCAAAAUCAAUGGAAAAUUUUCCUUGCGAGCAUCGGAAACGGGCAUGAUAUUGCUCGACGAAGUGGUUGUACCGGAGGAUAGUUUAUUGCCUGACGCAAUAGGUCUGAAGGGGCCGUUUGGAUGUCUCAAUAACGCGCGGUAUGGGAUCGCUUGGGGCGCUCUAGGCUCGGCCGAAUCGUGUUUGCGCAUUGCCCGACAGUACACAUUAGAUAGGAAACAAUUUGGAAAACCGCUCGCAUCGAAACAGCUGAUACAGAAGAAGUUAGCCGACAUGCUGAUUGAGAUAAAUGUAGGAUACCAGGCUUGUUUGAGGGUUGGACGUUUAAUAGAUCAAAAUGAAGCGGCACCUCAAAUGACCUCGAUUAUUAAAAGAAAUAGUUGCGGAAAGGCAUUAGAAAUCGCGAGAGCGGCCAGAGAUAUCCUUGGCGGUAAUGGCAUAUCAGAUGAAUAUCACAUUAUAAGGCACGUAAUGAAUUUGGAAGCGGUUAACACUUAUGAAGGUACUCAUGAUAUUCAUGCGUUAAUAUUAGGAAGGGCUAUUACUGGGAUACCAGCAUUUUAAAAUGCUAUAAAUAAAACAAAGACGUUCGAA